AUGCCAACUCCCGGGCGCUCUCCGAGAUGGCCCGCGGAGAUGUUGGCCCUGGCGCUCCUCCUCUGCGGCUUCGGCCUCUCCGCAGAGGCAUUCAUCUGUCCAGCACUCCUUGCACCCCGGAGCUCCGUGGGCGUGGCCAAAACCGCGUCCUUUGCAGGUCGGCCUGGACGUUUCUCUGGUAAGGAGGCGUCGUCAGUGUCUCCUCUUUUCCUUGCCGCCGCACUUGGUGCUGCCAGCUGCCUGGCGCGUGCCGCACGCGGCCGAGCAGCGGUGGAGGAAGCGCUGGGUGCCCAGCUCACAGCCCCGGCCUCCGAUGCAUCGGAGCAGAGGAUCCUGGUGGUGGCCAUGGGAACGCGCGGCGAUGCGGAGCCCGGGUUCCGACUCGCCGCAGCCCUGCGCGAUCGGGGUCACGCUGUGCUGGUGGUUUCCUUGGACGCCUACAAAGCUGAAGCCACCCAGCGAUUUGGCCUGGACUUCCGCAGCUCUGGCUUGGAGUCCGUGCCACUCUCCCAGGACUACCUCACUGGCAAGACCCGUGCAGACCAGGUGUAUGCCGACCGAGGCUGGUACGGCGACGCUUGGACCACAGUUGGCGAGAAGAUCUAUGAGGCCGCGCAGGAGCACCAGUGUGACCUGAUCGUCACCACGUCCAUGGGAAACACCCACUGCCUGGACGUGGCUGAAAAGCUGAAUAUCCUGUGCUUCGCGCUGAAGUUCUGUCCGGACAUCGAUGGGCAGGUUCCGACAGCGGACUUCCCGCCUUCCGGCUAUCCCUCCGGGCCCGGCUUCAUGAACCUCUUGUUCCACGUGUUGGAGAACCUGAACACUGUGAGGGCCGUCUUCCAGGGCGGCUUCAUCCCUCGGGUCAUCGACUUCCGCAACAAACUGGGCCUGCCCUCUCAGGAGAUCCCUGGCGUUAUGGAGGUGCCCACCUACUCCGACUACCGGCAAACCUUGCAGGCGAAUCAGCCGAGCCUCUACGCCUUCAGCAGCGCGCUGAUCGACAGGCCAUCAGAGUACCAAAGCUGGCACUUCGUCACCGGGUCGUUCUCUGCCCGCGGCGGAGGGUAUGACCCGACGUCGCCCGAGCUGCCGGCUGAUUUGUUGAAGUUUCUGAAGAAAGGCGAGACAGUUUGCAUCGCUUUCGGCUCGAUGAGUCUGGCUCGCACCAACCCCUUCGAGGAGAGGGCCGUUGCCUCCGUGCGGAGACAGGGAAGACAGGUCUUGAUAGUCGACAAGGACACCCCGCAGGAGGGCCUUGGCGAUGAUGGUGCCACCUUCCGCAUCAAGUCCGCUCCCUAUGAUCGUCUCUUCCCUCUUUGUGCGCUGGUUGUCCACCAUGGUGGUGCCGGGACCUUGCAGGACUGCCUCUUCGCGGGGACACCUCAGCUCGUGGCGCCGGUUCUCUCCUGGAGCGACCAGCCUCUCUGGGGGAAAGUGGUGGAGGAGAAAUCGUUGGGUCUCUGCCUUGGUGCUGGGGGCGUUCCCCCCUCCGCGGCCGAGUGGGAUGCGGCGCUCGAGGAGGUGCUUGGGAGGCUCCCAGCGUUUCGAAAGGCAGCCGAAGAGGUGGCCCCGAAAGCCUCCGGCGAGGAGGGGCUGGAGGCCGCCUGCCAAAUCCUCGAAGAGUCGAUGGCCUGA